AUGCCUCCUAAGCCCCCUCUGUCCCUGGCGAUCUUAAUGAUUAGAAGGAAGCCCGCCAGCUCUCUCCCAGGACAGCCACAUGCUGCAGGACCCCCGCCCAGCCGCCGAGGGGAACCUAACCCACCUCCGCUGACUGCCGUGGUCCCGGGUCGCCAUGAAGCGGGAUGCCCGUCCAUGGACACUGAUUCUGCAGAGUUUCUGCCAGAUCCUUCUGUGCCAGAUGGUGAUGAAAAUCAACCAGCAAGCAGUGAAAGCAGGCAGCUCAUGUCUCGGAGGCGAGGAUAUCUUCGCUGCGGUUAGGGAAAACAGCCCUGAUGGACAGUUCAUAGCCAAUCUCAGCAUCGCUGGUGAGCCCAGGCCAAACGGCAUGCGUUUGGCCCUCAGCGGAGACAGUGCCGACUGGUUCUACCUGGAGGAGAAUAGCAUCAGGCUCAACGCAUCUGUCUCGAGGGCUCUGGAUCGAGAGGUUCAUGGAUCAGUUUUAAUGGCGGUUUUGUCCUGCUAUGAAGGAGAAACCAUACAGAGUGAAUACAGGAUCAUGGUGGAGAUCCUCAAUGAAAAUGACAACAAGCCAGUAUUCAUGGAAGAGACUGUCCAGCCUGUGACCAUCAGCGAGCUGGCUGCGGUGAACUCUGUGGUGUUUGUUGUAAAGGCAGUGGAUGCAGACGAGGACACCAUCGUAUAUGUCAUUGACAGGUCUCUGCCAGACUCCAGCUACUUUAGGAUAGACCUCCCCAACAGUGGUGACGUGAUCUUAUCCAAGCCCCUGGACUACGAGACCAAGACCCAGAUGCAAUUGGCCAUUUACGCUGUGGAGAUGAACACCCCAGAAAUGUAUAACACUUCAGCGACCAUCAUGAUCGAUGUGCUGGAUGGAGAUGACCAGUACCCACAAUUCCAGCCAUGUGUACCCCUAACCCAGGACACUGUGCACCCCAUCUGCACCAACCCCAUCUACACUGCUAACGUGACGGAGGCACAUCAGAACAUCACGCUGCCGUUUGCUCCUGGUCGAAUUUGUGCUGUGGAUGGAGACAGAGGACUGGAUGCCCCCCUGCUGUACACAAUUCUGUCAGGUGCUGACGAUGGCCGCUUUCACAUUGAUAAACAAAGUGGAGAAGUAACCAUGUCUAGACCGGCAGAGCAAGGACUCCUGGUGCCAACGUUCCAGCUUCAGAUCAUGGCCUCUCAGGUCGAUGAUCCCAGGAAGUACGCCAUCACCUCCGCAGUGGUCCGCGUUUUGGCCCAGAACCACUUUGCCCCGCAGUUCAACAGCAGCACCUACUUCGGCUUCGUCCCAAACAGCAGUGAAUCGUCCGUGCUCAUCUCCACCCACGGAAACCAGGCAUUGCUGCUCCAAGCCACCGAUCAUGACUUCCAAGAUGGAAUAAAUCCCAAGGUUCACUAUUCUUUGUGGCCAAAGUCAAACAACACAAGAUUGUAUCAUAUGACACAGGAAGGCUACGUCAUCGCCAAGCGCAGCCUACUCCCAGCUUCGGAGAAAGAUUUCCUCGAGGUGAUCGCCAGAGACCAGGAGUCGGGGGAGGUUGCUAGGGCAACAGUGGAGAUUGUGGCUAUCCAGAGAGGUGAGCGAGCGCCGUGGAGCCUCUUUGGGGGGCAGAAGCGUUACAUUCUGCAUGUGGACGUGGUGCUGGCUGGCGGGAUCGUGGCAGUGGUGCUGCUGUUACUGCUGGUAACAGUGAUGUUUCUGCUGCUCUGGCUGGUGAGGCGUUGGAGGCAGCAACAGGAGGUGGCUGCCAAAGCCUCCGUGGCACAGGGGAAGCACCCUAACGUGGUAAACUCCGGAAGGCCGACACCUCACAUAGAGGAAAUCUCUUUCUGCAACGAAGCGUACGAGGACUGUGAAACCUCAGGCUCGCUGGGACGCGGUCUCCACGGGAAAAAGCCUGGCAUCCUGCGCAGAAAGACCCAGAGGAACCACAGCGACAGCACCGACCUCCUAAGAGACAGUCAGUCCCUGUGUAUGACAGCAGAACCAUUACCCAUACAUGUGCCUCCAUCAAUCAUGUCCAACGGGAAAGCAGCAGACAGGCUGAGCAAAUCGGUGUCAUUUGUGGACGAUGUCACACUGAGGGAAAUAAGGACGGCAGAAAAUCCAAGGAACAGGAGUCUGGAGGUUCAGACGGUAGAAUCGAUAUUUUUAGGCGAGAUCCCGCAGGAGCCGUGCGAAACCGAAGAGGGAGAUCGAUCUGAUGACGAGAGGGAAGCCAAGAAUCUGUACAAGGUAGUGUAUCCUGUCAAGGAAGAGGGGAAGCCUGGGGAAACUGAAAACUUCUACAGUCACAAGCAUGACCAGCAGGGGGACAGGGACAUGGACAGGGAGGGCUGCCCCGAAUCUUGAAGAUGCAGCAGCCAUCAAUAACCAGUCCCGAACACUCAGAUGGUGCAGCGCACCCAGGAGGCUGCGAUUUCUCAUUAAGGCUGAUUAAGAAGGAAAGCCAGAACAGUAUCGAAACAAUUCUUAUUCCAAUAGCAGUCAAGGUUAUCAAUACUGAUCUAAACAAUACACAUCUUCAGCAAUUAUGAAUCUGUUUGUAAAAUUGUAAACAAUGUGGAAAAGGUCUACACUUUUCAUACAUUCUGUACAUUUUUAUAAUUAUUGCUACUUUCAUAUUUUGCCACAUCUUGCUCUAGAAGGUAAAUAUAUGAACGACAUAGAUUCAUAGUUUAACUUUAAAUUUAUACAAUAAAACUUUCCAUAAGGAGAAUUACAUCACGUUUGUCGCAAUAUUUACUGCCUUACCAUGUUAGUCUGUGUGACCCAGCUUUGAUGCAGGAAAAGCCACAUUUGAUAAAACUGUAGUAAAAUGGUGAACUG